CCAAGGUCACAGAUGGAAGUGAUGGAAAUGUCAGGUCUUUUUCAGGAUAGCGAGCAGCCAGGAGAAAUAUAGUGGAAAAUGCAAAACAACGAAAUUAUAAAACCUGCCAAAUACUUUUCGGAAUUGGAAAAGAGCAUCCUGCUUGCUUUGGUAGAAAAGUACAAAUAUGUGCUGGAAUGUAAGAAGAGCGACGCGCGAACUAUUGCCCUCAAGCAGCGGACCUGGCAGGCGCUGGCCCACGAGUACAACUCCCAGCCAAGCGUGUCGCUGCGGGAUUUCAAGCAGCUGAAGAAGUGCUGGGAGAACAUCAAGGCUCGGACCAAAAAGAUUAUGGCCCAUGAGAGGAGAGAGAAGGUGAAACGGAGCGUCAGCCCUCUCCUGAGCACCCACGUCCUCGGGAAGGAGAAGAUCGCCAGCAUGCUGCCCGAGCAGCUCUACUUCCUGCAGGGCCCCCCAGAGGAGGAGCCCGAGUUCCACCCCGACGGCGCAGCCCCAGAAUCAUUUGCUGUUUCAAAUAGAGAACUGUGCGAUGAUGAGAAAGAGUUCAUACAUUUUCCAGUGUGUGAGGGGACCUCUCAACCUGAACCCUCGUGUUCAGCUGUCAGAAUAACAGCCAAUAAACACUACAGGAGCAAAACCUCUCAGGAAGGUGCUUUAAAAAAGAUGCAUGAGGAAGAACACCAUCAACAAAUGUCCAUCUUACAGCUGCAGCUGAUACAGAUGAAUGAGGUGCAUGUGGCCAAAAUCCAGCAGAUAGAGCGGGAGUGUGAGAUGGCAGAGGAGGAACACAGGAUAAAAAUGGAAGUUCUCAAUAAAAAGAAGAUGUAUUGGGAAAGGAAGCUACAAACUUUCACCAAGGAGUGGCCUGUCUCCUCAUUUAACCGGCCCUUUCCCAAUUCACCCUAAGACUGUGAGGGGCAGCUCCCUUGUAACCUAUCUGCGUCGGCAAAGAAAGCCCGGAACAUGAACUUGUGGUCAGUAACUUGUAACAGAGCUACAACUAGGAACCUUAGAGUGGUAGUAGGCACGUAUUUAAGAAUACAUUCAGGUAAACUGCUGCACCCCGUGUACCCCCUUCAGUGGCAAAGAAGCUGAUCCAGUCUCCCGAAAAUUAUCACGAUGAGUGCUAUAAUUCUGAAUGUAAUGUCUCUUAAUUAGAACUCAUACAAGAACCAUGUGCGAGUGGUGGUGUUGUAUUUUUUUAAUCAGAUGCAAGUGUGACUAUAGAGGAGUGUGGCUGAUUUGGUUUUUUUUUAAUAGACAGCAGAACUUUCUAUCCAAGUGAACGUUUUCCUGUUGAAAGUGGCUGAAAGUCCCAGGAAGCCACAGGAUUCUCCAGUGGUGACGCUGUUGUUCAGAACCCUCUGGAGGUCUUUAGGGAACCUCCACGAGAGCCUUUUUCCCCUUUUUUCCCCCACGGGUCAUUCUUUGAGUGGCAUUUCUGAUUUUAAACAGCCCAGCAUUUGGAAGGAUAUUUUCUCAUGUGGCUCAUGAACUGCCUUUGAAGCCUCUCCCCAAAGAGGGAUUCCAAAUAAUGGCUCCAACAGCGGUAGCUUCGUUGGAAUGAAGGAUGCAACUGCUUUGAGGGACAAAGGACCAUUUAGAUUUCUAUCACCUGUCAUGUUUGUUUUAUUAAAAGAGAAGACUUGCAGUUUUAUAGUCACACUGUGUAUGUUUUUAAAGGUGCUGCCAACUCCCCAGUGCUCAUUUUUGCUUUCCCUCUAUAGUUUCCUCCCAACUUUGUGCUACUGAGUUCAUGGGUGCCCUGUUUUCAUUUGUCGGCCACCUACGGAAAGGCCCGCCCCUCACCAUGCUCAUGGUGCUGACUGUUAGUAAUGCUGUGGAGUUUCCAUCGCACAGUUAGCGUUGGGCUUUUUAAGAACCCAUUACCAACGAAUUUGGAAAUAUGGAUUGGCAAAUGGAUAUUUUGAUUGAGUAGUGAGAUAGCUUGUCCUGGAGCCUCGUGUUAAAAACAGUUCUGGGAUGUUGGGCACAGCAGUAGUUGAAAUAAGAAAAGUGACACUUGCGUGCCAAGGCAGGUCAGCAAUUUCUGAGUGUGAAAUUUCAAGGCUACGUGGUGGAGAAAGAAAAGCACGUGUGGCAGAGGCUAUGUAGAGGGGUGUAGGAUGAGGAGUCGAGGCCUGAAUUCUGGUCUUGGCUCUGCCUCAAAGUGCUAUGUGACCUGGAAUAACUCCUUUUAAUCAGUGCCUGUAGUCUUUCCUGUCCAUAUAGCAAGGGUGUUGGUCUAGGUAAUGUUCAGAAUCUUCUACAUCUCCUUGACUGAGGUGUGGGGUCUGCAUGGUCUCGGAUGGAUACUGCUAACAUCGUAAUUGUCACGAGGGUGUGGGUCAGUAGGGAACAAUUGAUUACUGCCUUGGUUCUGCUUCCUGCCUUCCUAAGUUUGGAAUUUGGGUCCUGGGGACUCUAAGUUGAGUAGGAUAAACAGAUACUUGUUAUUUACGCACUACAUAAAACUUAGAUGGAUAUCAACUUAUACUCUGAUCAUAUUUUAAAUAUCUUAGAGGAACUGGUUAUUUGAAGGAAAGCUAUAAAGACUAGAUUUGAAAGAUAGGAUCCUUUUGUGAGGAUUUGUAUUCUUAAUUUCAUCUUUACCAAAUGGACCCUUUAGAGAAAAAGCAUCUAGAUAAAGUCCCAAGCUUCAAUGGUUUAUGGAAGACAGAACUUGACUCUCCAUGCCCUCCUGCCUGCUCAGGAUGAGGGUAAGGAACGGCGGGCCCUCAACACAGAUGUGAACAGAGUAAAGUUUCCCUUUGCUUCCCCUACGGAUCCAUCUGGGAAUCUUGUUAAUACGCAGCUCUGGGGCCUGAGGCUUUGCAUUUCUUACACGCUCCCAGGCUUUGCCAGUGCUGCUUGUCUGGGGCCCACACUUCCGUAUAGCAAGGUUUUUUAGAGGAUUUUGUGAAGUUUUCACUUGUCAUCCUCCCCAGACCCUCCCAAACAGGGUUAGGUACACUCUAUAGCAGUGUGCUGGACAUUAUCCUCUCUCAGAAUUUACCACUUAAGCCACACACAGCAAUGCAGAACAACACAAAACACGCUCACACACAUAAUGAAACUAUAAAAACAUAGAACAAAUUCCUAACCAAAUAAAAGAUAAUUAAACUGAAGCCUAAAGUACACGUGCUCUACUGUUAAUGGUAUUUAUGAGUUUGUAACAGUAGUUUUCAACCUUGGCUAUGCAUAAAAAUAGUAUUUUGUAAAUAAUUAGUCCCACCUGGUCCCACUCCCAGAGGAUUCUGAUUCAGUUGACCCGGGUUGAGGCCUUGUCCUCUACAUUUUUCAAAGGGUUAUUGGAGAUUAUGAUGCACUGGGAUUGAAAACUAGUGGUGUAGAGUUCACAGUUACAUCUGAUUUGAUCCUUAAUCCUGUGAGGUCAUGCAGAAGUCAGGAAAUGAAGCUCAGAGAAGAACCAUCCGGUACCAGACCAGUAGGUUGUAAAUGGCAAAGCAGGAGCUCCCUCCUAGGUCUCUCGACUCAAGUCCCACCUGCCUAUGCCUAUCCCAUCCCUCAAAGUCAUAUCAUGAUUUGUUUGAUCCUGAGAGAUCACACCUACAGUGUACUUUGGUGUCUCCAUUCAUGGACAGGAAUAUGUUCAUUUCACCGUUGAGCAGUUCCUUAGCUGACGUGGAAAUGUAGUAACCAUUUCUUGGUAGAUGCUGUAGGAAAUAGACACAUUUUAAGACAGUUCACCAUCCCCACUCUGCCCAAUUGUGGUAAGACUUAGAGCUGUCACGUAUCCAUCAGUGCAUGUCUUCAAGUGCAUUUGCAGCUCAGAGCAAAUGCCACCUCCUCUGGGAAGAAAAACCUCCUGGAAGAGGGGGCAUCUGAGCUAAGUAAGUCUUUUUAGAGUUGGCAUUUGGACAGCGGGAGAUUCAGAAAGAAGAGAACCUUUGCUAGAUACAAGGUCCUGUGGAAGAUUCAAGAUGAUGAGACAUAAUUGGGAGGCAGAACACGGUGAAUUUCCAAAUCGGGCAGCAGCCCGAACACUGUGCUCCAGGAGGAAGAUAAGAAGGUACAACCAGAGUUUAGAGAAGUCUGGAGUCUAGGAGAUGAGAUGGGAGGGUCUGGCCCUGGUCAGGAUGAGAUGAUAGGAGGAGCUAGAGGAGGCUGUUGUCGGACUGAGGGAGACCAAUGUGAAGGGCACUGCAGAGGUGAACCAGUCAGGCUUGGCAGGUGAUUGCUCUUGUUGGGGAGGAGGGGUGGCGUGUUAAAGCCACAUGCCUGAAAGAACCAUGCUGCUGACUGAAAUAAAGAAAAGAUGCAUUUCUGGCUCUGACCCAACCCCGGAGGGGCGGAGCAAUGAAGUAACGCUGCUGCCUGCCAUGGGAUGGGAGGGAGCACCGCCACCCACCUCUGCUGUGGCUGGCCCCUCUUUGCUCUGACUUCUGCCUCUUCUACCUGUCCCUCGGGUGACACUUGAGCCUGGGGUCUUCAUCAGCCCCCUCAUUUGGUGCUGCCUUGGCCACCAGUACCUCCGGUGCAGCUGGUGGUGCGUGUCACCAUCACGUAUAAUGGCUCUGCACUAGAAAGAUCCGAAAAGGUCCUUCCUUUAGUGUCCCAUGUUGGCAUUGUCCAAGAGGGGCUGUGCCUGCCCAUGUACGCCCAGUACAGAAAAUCUUGAAAUCCAUUGACUUUUGUUGUUGUCGGAAGAAAGACUAGAGGAAGAGGCAGCGUGGUGGGAGGGUGCAUUUGAGUUGUCAACAACCUCUGCAGUGUCAGGUCAAUUACAUCAGCACUUGGUCUGGGCCAGGGGAGAGGAAUGACUCUGCCUCCUGGGAAUGUCAGAAGGACCUGAUAAUUAUAUUUGGCAAAGCCACGAGGAACGGCUCUGUAAUGUCAUUGCAAAGAAUUACCCUUUUAAUAGCAUUUCUGGGUGUCUGAGCUUUUCCGAUGGAGUGACACUUCUUUUCUGCUGUGGCUUUCUUCUUGACUGGGCUGCCUCCAGCGGGUCCUCCUGUUCUUCCCCACCCUUGCUUUGAUACCGUUUUGUGUUUUCUGUCCUCCGCCUUCCAGCCCUGUUCCUCCAGCCCCCUCCUCCCAUACCCACCACAGCUCCUACUCUCCCCUGUUUUAGAAAUGGAGUCAUGAGAGAAUGUGUGUGAGGGAAAUAUUGGCCAAAGGGCCGCAUGUUCAACAUCUGGGGUCAACAAGGUGAAGCAUAGCCUUAGACUAGCCAGACUAAGGACAACCUGCUUCUAUGCUGCGUCUGUGACUUUUGUGUUGGUGGGACUCGGAGUCACGGGGCAAGAUCACCAGUGAUCUGUGACAGCAACAGUGUCUUUUCCUAUUCGUGCCAUAUAUUAUUCCCUUCAACACAAUUUACAAUCUUCGCCUCCAUUUCUCUAUCUGUGAAAGUGGUGUAAUACUUAUCUACCUCCCUUAAAUGUUGUGAAGAUUAGUCUAUGUUAGUAAAGCACUUUUGAAAUAAAGAGUGAUGUAAAGCAUUUUAA